UUCUGCCACGAGGAAAUGGCUCUCCAGGGCAGCAGCAGCAGGAGCGGAGCAGACACGGGCGUGCCAGCCGCCCAGCGGUGCCAGCAUCCCGCCCGCACCUCCCACCCCAUUCCCGCAGCGGGGAGAGAAGGCAAAGCCUCCGCCCUCCCUCACGCCCACCCCCCGCACAAAGCCCCGCGGGACCCCCGCCCCGAAGCUCUCGGCCGCUCCGUCCCCGCUCGCAGCCCGGCCCUCGGCGGGGCUCCCGGAGGGGUGGGGGCCGAUUCUUCGCAGCCCCCGCCCCGGGCUCCCCCCGCCGCCGCCCCUCCCGACGGCAGGCACCGCCCGCCCGGCCCGCCCCGCUCGCUUUGUGCGGCUCCCUGCUCGCCGCGCUCGCCGCCCGUCCGGCUCCUGCUCGGCACCGCCCGGCUCGGCUCGGCUCAGCACGCCCGGAGCAGCGGGGAGCGCCGGCCCCGGCCCCGCUCCACCCGGCUCUGCCCUGCGCUGCCCCGCUCCGGCCCGGAGAGCUCAGCCAUGGAGGCGGUGCUGAUCGUCCUGUGCUCCCUGCUGGUGUCGGCAGCUGCGGCGGAUGUGGGCACCCAAGAGAAGGAGGAAGACCCCUUUAACUAUGAUUACCAAAGCCUGCGGAUUGGUGGGCUGGUGUUUGCCGUGGUCCUGUUCACUGUUGGCAUCCUUCUCAUACUCAGCAGGAGGUGCAGGUGCAGUUUUCACCAGAAGCCCAGAGCUCCGGGGGAUGAAGAGGCUCAGGGUGAGAACCUGAUCACCUCAAAUGCAACGGGAGCGCAGAAAGCAGAGAACUGGUUUGCCUCCCAAUUACCAUGCUUUCCCCUGGGUGCCCACUCCCAGAGCCAGACGCCCGUUGGACGGCACGCCGGCGCGAUGGGGGACGAGCAAGCACCCGAGCAGGGCCCGGACAGGUUCACCUACGACUAUGAGACCAUCCGCCAUGGGGGGCUGAUCUUCGCCGUCGUGGCUUUUGUGAUCGGGCUCCUCAUCAUCCUCAGCCGGCGGUUCCACUGCGGAGGGAAGAAGAAGAGGAGACAAGGAAAUGAGGAGGACCUGUAGCUGCAGUUCCAGAGUUGCUGUGGGAGGAGAGCUUCAUCCACAGCUGUGAAGUCCUUGCCAAGGGCCACCCCUUGCCCCGCUCCAAUGCAUCCAUUCAUUAUCCUGCUCACCCUGGGCAAGGCUGGGAUGCUAAUUGCCCUCGUGCUUUCCCCUCUGGUAGAUCCAGCGAGUGUUUCUUAGCUAAUAAAGUUCCAGCUGAGAGAGGUUAAA